AGGAAUGCAGCACGUGUCAGAAUCGGUGUUUCUUGGAAUGUGUGAGAUGGUGGGGACAUCACAGCAGGUGGCAAUCAGGAGGGAGACGAUGGAUAUCAAUGAGGUGCUAGUGAGACCCCAUUAUAGAGUCAUUGAGAUGAUGAGUGGAAGCAGAAAAGAAGGUUUCAGACUGAAGGGAUCAGAUGUGGACACUAUGUUCUGGCUAAAUAGCCACCGAGUGAUCAUGGCCUAAUUUCAGUCUGAGUAUUACAACACAGCCAAUAUAACCUUAAUUCUCUCUGACAGUUCUAAGAGUCCACCAGGAUUCACUCUACUUCAGUUGCUGAAACCAACAAAAUACAAAUGUGUCCAGUCAGCAUGUGUCCGAAUGUAUGACAGAGUCUAUGUAUCUAGUUAUAUCUGGAGGAGGUUAAUUUGCUCAGCAGCAGUGCCCAAUUCUAGCGUACAUGGACCCUGUGCUAGUGGUGAUAUAGCAGGACAAGAAUAUGAUACUGCCAUGUGUUUUGUGUGUGACUUUUGGCCUCCAUCUGCCUCCUCAUGGGUAGACAGAUGUCACUCAUGGCCUGAUCCUGAUAUUGUUGAUGACAUUGUCAGAAAUGGAUGUCACUUUGUAGCAAUAGGACACCCACUAGGACCACAUGAAAAUGAAGAAUGGAGAUUUUCUUUUUCUCGGGCAGAAUACAAAUGUGUGUAUGCUAUGAACCAUUGUCAGUUUUUGACCUAUGGGCUGUUAAAACUUUUCUUAAAAGAGGUUUUAAAUCAACAAUCAGAAGAAACCAAUAAACUGUUGUGUUCCUAUCACAUAAAGACAACAGUUUUUUGGGCGAUUCAACAAAACACACUCUUUCAUUGGUGUCCACAAAAUAUCCUGGCUGGUUUCUGGGUUUGCUUUAAACUCCUCCUUAAAUGGGUGUAUGAGGGGAUCUGUCCUAACUUUUUCAUCCCGCAAAACAAUUUGUUUCUAACAAAGGUCCAUGGCUCAGCACAAAGCAGAUUGUUUCUACAGUUACAUGAAUUGUACAAGAAAGGUCUGGCCUGUCUGCUACAGAUUUCCUCUAUCAGGUCCUACAUCACUGAUGUCCUAUACAAUCCCAGACUUUCUAUUUGUAUAGAUGAGAGUAUUAUUAAAUCUGAAAUUGAUAUUGAUGCAGAAUUAUUUUCUGAGGUAUGUCAAAAUGAUAACACAUUCGUACAGGAUUUUCACAGCUGUGUGAAAUCCUUCAAUAAACUUAAACAACUAAUAGGUUCACACCUUACGAACAAUCAGGUCAUCAUGUUACAGAUACUUACAGCCUCCUUUCUUCAGAAAACUUCUUUUAUAUUACACAACAUGUACCCAAACACAGGUGUCAACAAACAGAUGUAUAUUGCAGACAAAAUGCCCUGUCACAUGCUAAAAUUAGCAGCCAAGUUUGGGUGUGUUUCUGGCAUGUUGUAUCUUUCCAUGUAUUAUUACAAGAUAUUCAGAUACAGGGAAGCUUUAUCUGUUAUAGAGAUGACAAAGGUCAAGUUAGCACAGCCAUAUUUGAUGUAUAAUGAGUGUGUAGACAGAGAGAGGUAUACUGAAGCUGUAGGGGGGAAAUCCCGGUCUACAAAGAUGAGACAGGCUGUAGCACAGGAUAUCAAACUUGAAAACGGAAUAUAUUAUAUCAAUGAACUAAUACCAGAACAACAGUCUGCUAUUACGAAUAGGUGGUCUAUAUUAUCUAUCCCUGUGUUUGUAAUGUUACACUUCCUAGAGUUCUUGUGUUACAGGCACAUUGAUACAACAUUAUCACAAGCAACUCUAGAUGAGCUACAGGUCCUAGUCCACCAUGAUCGGGGACUGUAUGUACCUAAUCUAUUAAGAGACAUCUCCUGGGAGAUCCUGGGGAUCUGUCAACAGAUCACAGGGAACCUCCAGGCUGCUCUUUACUCAUACCAACAGUCACUCACACAGUAUCCAUGCAACAAAAUACAAACGGCUACACAGUGUAGGAUACAGGAUGUUGCAAGCUAUUAUUAGUAAAUAAAUGGUCUUGAUUAUUGAUUACUUGUUCAAACAAUUAUCAUAUAGACUUUUGAGCACAAGAUUAAAAAAAAACAUUUGGAUGACUGUGUUAUGUGACAAUGAUAUCCAGUUCUUGUCAGUGUUUGACAGCUCAAAAAAUUUGUUUGUUGAACUUUUCAGAUAUUAUCAUAAACAGUUUCAUAUAUGUUUUCUUUUUGAGUCAGCUUAAUUAGUGUCCUAAAGUCCUACUUUUAUCAAGAUAAUUGCAUUGCAAUAUUCUUUCUGUUUACAAAGCAAACAAAAUUUGGAUUUUAUGGACAGAAAAAUGUGAGUGGAUAAAGUGUCGGACUUGUGAUCUGUACAUCCCGAGUUCGAAUCCUGCAGGGUUUUUUGUUGUUACUUACUUGAAUGAUUAUUUUAGAUACUCAUUUUUUAUUCCCAAAGUGCAAUUUUUUCGCUUUUUUGACAUUUGUACAGUUUAUUUAUGAAAAUGUCUUUCAUUAUCAACAAAAUUUCUGUAAUCUGUGUGACUUUUUCCAGGAGUGUUAUUCCACCUUAAGCAUAAUAGUGUUGGAUCUUAGUGUCAUGGAUGAAUAAACACAAAUUUACUCUUAAGAAACGCUCCCUGGCGACAAAGGCUAUACUAAUAAACUUUUGUUUUAUUGAAUUCAUCUUUUUUAUAAGCAAAUAAGACAUUAUUUUAAGCCACUCUAUUCUAUGUCUCUGUAUAUGUGAUAUGAUUUCCUUUUUUAAAACGGUUUCCCCUUUCUUUUGUGGAACUGAAUUUAAACCGAAUCCAUUUUCCAACCAAGUUUGAUAAAGUAAUGCAAUGUGGAUCUGAACAAGUAAAACAAAAAUGUGUGUGAGAGAUGUUUAUAAUGAUAACAAUGGAAGGCAACUCAACACAUGUAGAUGAACAGAUGAUGAAUAAGGUUUUCAUGUAUUACAAUCACAGAUUUUGUCCCCAUGUUGUAAUGUCAUGAUUGUUAACUUUUUUAUGUCAGCCAUAAUCAUGGUGACUGAUUUGAAUAAAAAGAGAUGUAUUUCAUUCUUCGUUUUGUCA